UGGAAGCCCGUCGCGGUAUUCGGUAAUACGCCCGGUGUUCUCGGCACAAUGGAUACUCCGCCGGUGCAUCCCGUGGACUACGUACUCCUAAUUGGACUCACCGUGGUCAGCCUUGGUGCCGGCCUGUACUUCUCGUUUCGCCGGCGGAAUCACGGCAGCCGCGAUGAGGCCUUCCUGGGCGGCCGCAGCAUCCCGUCGCUGCCUCUGGCCAUCUCGGCGGUGGCGUCCAGCGUGACGGCCAUGAGCAUCAUCGCCUUCGUGGCCCACUACUACGUCUACGGCUUCCACACGCUCUGGGCCAUUCCGGCGUUCGUGCCGGCCGGCUUCGUGGUCACCACCAUGUUCCUGCCCGUCAUGUACGAGCACAGGGUCACAUCCGUCUUCGAGUACCUCCGCAUGCGGUACGGGAACAGCGUUGGAAUCGCGUCAUCCUUCAUAUAUUUCGUCCUCAGCCAAGCGUUGGGUGCAGUGGCCAUCUACAGCGCAGCAGUGGCCGUUUCAACAAUGCUCGGCAUGUCCGCGAUAAUUGCGAGCGUCGUCCUCGGAGCCUCUGGAACGGUUUACACUGCGCUGGGAGGUCUUCGGAGUGUCGUGUGGGCCGACUGCGUGCAGGGGCUCAUCAUGACCGCCUCGCCGCUCAUCAUCAUCGGCAAGAUCGUGUUCGACUCGGUUCACAGCGAGGUGCCCAUGCGACCGCUGACAGAAUUCAACACCACCUUCUACUUCUGGGAAACCAAAGCGGACAUCACGACCGACGAGACGGUGUGGGCAGCGGCAAUCGGCGCUCUCCCCCUGCACCUCGUCCGGCUGGGCCUGGACCAGAUGAUUACGCAGCGCUUCCUGGCGGCGAAGACGAUGCGCGACGCCAAAGCAGUAGCGUUUUGCUGCAUCGGCAUUCUGUCCUUCUUCUACGCUCUCAACGGAGUUACGGCGCUGGCCAUCGUCUUUUGGUUCAGGGACUGCGACCCGGUCCUCACAGGAGACAUUCCACGCUACGACCAGAUUGUGCCAUACUACAUCAACACGAGCGCGAGUGCCUUGAUGGGUAUUAGAGGCCUCUUCCUGGCCGGCGUCAUCAGUGCCUCCAUAAGCACAAUAUCGUCCAUCGUCAACUCUCACGCAGCCGUUCUAUACGUCGACAUUGUGACGCCGUACGUCAAGAUACCCGAGAAGAGAUCCGGUCUUGUGAUGGCAGCGCUGGCGGCUGGAAGCGGCACCAUUAUGACCCUGGUCGGCCUCCUGGUGCCCUACAUCGGAUCGGCGGCGAGGUUCUUCAUCGCCCUCUACGCCGCGGCAUCUGGACCGUUCGCGGGAAUAAUUAUACUGGCCACCUGCUUCCCAUGGGCGAACGCGAAGGGCACUGCGAGUGCGGCGCUGGGAGUGUUCCUGCUGCAAAUAUGGCAGACGGCCGGCCGAUUCGCGUCGAGGGCGGAAGCAGUCCGGAUGACGUACACGGUGGACAGCUGCCCCGCCAACACCACCGCCCUGGUCAUCAACGAGACUCUGCCGUACGUCCCCACGGACAGCCCCGACGUGUUUGCCUUGUACCGCCUGUCGGCCUACUGGUGUUGCCUGUUCGCCACGGUCCUCACGGUGGUCAUCGGGCUGGCGCUUAGCGUCAUAACGGAUCGAGCGGAGGACGACCUCGAGAAGACCAUGAGCCUGUCGAGUCCCAUAGCCCUGAAGUUCUGGGCGCGGAUCGGACUGCUUCCGCGUCUGAAAAAGGAACCUCUGCGAGUCACGGUCAACGGCAAUGGCAUCAAGGCGUCGCCUUACGAGAUACAACCGCUGCAGUCGAACGGCGACGACAUCGACCUCCUCUCGAAGUCCAGCUGCAAGAACGGGCUACACGUGACGUGUACAGACCAAGGGGACUUGUAGCUAACGUUUACCAACCGCAACUGCACUUCACCCAAAGCAACUCGCGCGCAUGCGCGCUUGGACUGACUGCAUUUCCUCGUGACAUCAUUUCAUCUGUAAAUAUAUUUCGCCAGAAUGAUACAGGUCACUGCGGGCGCGC